AUGGAGCGACGGAAAGGACUUUUCAUUAUGUUAUGGGUGGCAGUCAUCCCAUUGCAUAAAGCAGAUAAUUUAGAACUCUUAUUGGGAACUCUGCGAACACAUCAAAAAGCUGCGUGUGACGAGGAUAUGGUCACACUCAUCUGUCCCCGUGGUACUACAAUCAGCAUUCAAGUAGCUCAGUACGGUGCUUCGGCGUCUCAAACAUCAUGUUCUCCUGAACUGGCAGAAUACCAACCGGUUGCUGUAGAAGUCGUGGGCGAUACUUCAUGCACAUGGCCUAGUGCCUUGCAGUAUUCAUUGUUACAGACAGUCGUGGAGGCGUGUCAGAAAAAGCGACAGUGCAAAUUUAACACAAGUCCAAAAACAUUUGGUGUUGAUCCAUGUCCUGGUUCUAGAAGGUUCGUCGAAGUCGCUUACAAGUGCCGUCCAUAUGAAUUCCGAAGUAAAGUUGGCUGCGAAAACGAUGUACUUCAUUUAAGCUGUAACCCACAUUCAAGAGUUGCUAUAUAUUCGGCUCAGUAUGGAAGAACUGAGUAUGAUUCAAUACAGUGCCCACAGCCAAGGGGAAUGAAAGAAGAGACUUGCUUAGAACCUUACGCCACUGAGACAGCAAUGCGAGAGUGUCACGGAAAGAGACGCUGUGUGUUGGCAGCUGACAGCAAGAUGUUUGGCAAGCCUUGUCGUGUAGGUAGCCGAACUUAUCUCAAAAUCGUUUACACUUGUGUACCGCGCACGGUCCUCAAAGAGCGUUACGAGAGUGCACCAGAAGAAGAUGAGGUUGCUUAUGAUAUAUCUGAUAAUGAUCAAGAAGAUGUCGACGAAACCAGUGACCGUUGGUGGGGAGAGCAAGCCAUACCACCUGCUCCUGCCGUUGCUGCAGUGCCUUCUCAAAAACCUUCAAUAUCAACGAUUAGUAACUUUACAAACAACAAUCAACAGGACUCAUUCCCAACAUCACCAAAGCAACAUGUUACAAAAAAUGAUCAAUUCGACAUCAUCUAUGUGUACAUCAUUGCUGCUAUUGCUGUUGCUCUUUUAGUUUGCAUCAUUGUGGCUACAGUGCGUUGCGUCAUAAAUAAGCGUAAUAUAGAACAACCGAAAGGACCCGAUGUAUCAGCUACAACAGAAAUUCCGAAUGGCUUUAAUGACAGUAUAUCAGAAGUUGACAACGAUAUAAAUAUAACAAGUCUCUCGGGUCCUGUUGAAACUAUAGUUUCGGGACUAAAACAAGAAAUGCAACUUGAAAAUAUGACUCUUAGUCCAAAAAUUAAUCGUUACGUAGGACGUCCAGUCCCAAACACAUAUCCACAUGUAAGCAGUAACAUAUAUGGACAAGUUGCCGACUAUCCUAUCGAAAUGCCUCUUCGAACAAUGCAACAUGGAACUUUAGGACGCGGUGUAGCAGUAAAGACUUUGCCAAGAGUUCAAAUACAAGCCGAAUCUGACCGCAACACAAGAAGUUUAUAUCGUUAUUCAAACGCUCAGUACUAUUUUGGGUGA